AUGACCAGUACGGACCGGUCAGGGUCGAUUUCAGGCUCAUCUACCCGUCGAGAUUCGCAGAAACCAGGGGUUGAAGCGGGUGAGAUGCUCGGGUCGUCACAGUCUGUUGAUCUGCAGCAAAUCGAACCACAAAGUCCGCAGUCUGCAGUCACCCAACCCCCCUCAUAUGUUGAAGCUGUACCGGCUGCGCCCGCUCAACCACCACGACCUCCACCUCCAGUGGAAGCCAUACCGAUGCCAGCCCCUCAGCAACGACCUCCAGCUCCUGUGGAAGCAGUGCCGACGCCAUUAGCUCAACGACGAACAUCAGCUCCAGUGGAAGCCAUGUCGAUGUCAACAGCUCAGCAACGACCUCCAGCACCAAUGGAAGCCGUGCCGGCUCCAGCACCUCAGCAACGGCCUCCAGCACCAAUGGAAGCCGUGCCGGCUCCAGCACUUCAGCAACGGCCUCCAGCUCCAAUGGAAGCCGUGCCGGCUCCAGCACCUCAGCAGCGGCCUCCGGCUCCAGUGGAAGCUGUGCCGGCUCCAGCACCUCAGCAGCGGCCUCCGGCUCCAUCAGAAGCCGUGCCGACUCCAGCAUCUCAGCAACAAUGCUCGACGGCUCCUUCAACGUCGACAUCGACGACUCCAGCACAAGCGGAUAGGACGUCUCCCAGAGGAAAAAAGGUCGGCACCGAACAAUCUAUGGAGGGAGAAAUUCGUUCGAGAAAAUCAUCAUCAUCAAGUCAAAAGUCCAGUAAAAGUAAGCGAGCCAGAAAAGAAGAGCUCACUAGAGAGUUCGAGAACUGUCUGGAACAGGUGCUCACAUGGCUUUUAGAAGCCGAGGAAGAAUUGAGCUUAUUGCAAGAAGUGGAUCGGAACGAUCUCAGAAUUGUUCGGAGACAAUUCAGGGAUUUCGAACAAUUUAUGGCAUCCUUAACGGAAAGUCAGGAUACGGUAGGACGAGUUCUGCACCGACAAUUGGCGGCAAUCGAUCAAUGGCUAACGGGCGUGGAAUUCGAAAUGGCUGCAUGUGAACCACUUGCGGCCACCCACGAUGCUGCACUUCAACAAAUCGAAGCGCAUACACGACUUCAGGCGAAAAUCCACGGUUUUCAGGAAACAAUCAAUGAUCUCAGUGCAUUUGUGGCCGUGGUGGAUGGAAAUGAAUCGUCUGAUGAACGAGUAGGUGCACUCGAACAAACCCUUCAAUCAGUGGGUGAGCGAUGGAGGACCGUAUGCGAAUGGGCCGAAGUGAGAGCAUCACAAUUAGAUGGCCUAGCUGAACUCUGUGCUCAUACGCUUGAGGUGUUCGAGACACUUAGCCAUUGGCUGAAAGAACGAGAACAUGAGCUCCUGGGAUUGAAAUCUGCACACCAUCUUGAGAGCCCCGAGCAGGUCGCCGAACAGGUCUGGCCUUUCUUCAUUAGUAAUGACUGA